AGGUGUCAAAAUUGUUUUUGACGCAUUUUUGCUCUCAUCAGAAUUUGUUUAUAUUUUGUAUACGAUUUUAAAUUGUUUUUUAAAGAUUAUUAUUAAAAUAAUUGAUUAUAAUGAAUAAAAUUGCCAAUAUCACUGUAUUAAUAUUAUCACUCUGUGUUGUUGGUUCACUUGGCAUACGAUGCUAUCAAUGCUCCUCCGAUCAAGAUCGAAAGGGUUACGACAGUUGUGGUGCUUACAAACCCUUUAAUCGUACAGAACAUAUUCCAAUUGAAUGCAACACCGAUGAAUCACAUAUGCCCGGAUCGUUUUGUAUGAAAGUCGUACAACAAGGACCCAGAGGAUUCAUUUGGGACGGACGUUGGCGUCAAGUUAUUCGUCGCUGUGCAUCGGUCUCCGAAACUGGUGUGACUGGAGUUUGUAACUGGGGCGUUUAUGAAAAUGGCGUCUACUGGGAAGAAUGCUAUUGCUCCAAUGACAGCUGUAAUGGCGCACCAAGUACAAGCUUAUCAAAUACGACAUUGGCCUUUGCCGUCAUUGCGAUUAUCGCACUGACCAAAAAUAAAUUUUUAAAUUAACCGAAAAGCGAAAAAUCAAAGAAUCGAUAAACUCGAAUAACAUUCCGUCCAUACAUAUGUAUGAUGAUAUGUCUAAUUAAAAAUUGGGCGUACUAUGUAAUUCUUUAAUGUAAGUGCCUUAAAGUAAUCAUAUUUCUCCUAAUUAAGUUUGAAAUGUAAAAAUGUAUUUACCACGUACAAAAUUUUUAUACAUAUACAUACAUAAAUAUGCACACAAUAAAAGAGACAACGAUUAGUACAACAUAAA